AAUCAAUCUGCAACUUGACCUCACCCAAACCAUCCCCCUUUCCAUCAAAGCAUCACUCAACCACAUUACAACUCGUCGUCUCAUACCCUUUCCAAGCAACGACAACCGUUGCGACUCCGUUUUGGACAUCAAGCACACGGUACCUCGUCGGCGACACACCCAGGAUUACUCCUCUUACGCGCCUGACACACACACACCCCCCGACGCGCUCACACACCCACACCACCCACACAUACCCCCCCAGCAUAACAGACACUCCCAUCGCCGCGCAGCCCUCCUCGGACGUGACGACAACCCCUGCCCCGACUGCCCUUGUAUCAUCGGGCUCAAGCACCUAGACCGUCUAGGACAUUGUCACUUGCCUCUCGUCCACCAUAGCCGCUACACUCGCUCCUCCCAUUGUCAACGUAGCGGGCAUUGGCCCCAGCAUGCUUGGAGGACCCACCGAAGUUGAAGUAUACCACGCCCCUUACAAAGAGGGACCUGGGAUGGAAGAAGCAAUCCUUUACCCGCUGCCACCACCGGCAGAUGUUGUCCCGCGCCGUUUGACGGAAGCGGAGACGGCCCGUGUCGAUCUUCUUUGCCGCCUGCUUUUUUUCCUCGCCACAGCGCCCACAAAGUGGUCAUCGUUACCCCAGAGCCAUCUCCCAGACCUCUCCAAAUUCCGCCUCCCCAACGGUGAGGACGUUGCAUGUGUCCUUUGGAAUGGCCUCUAUCACAUUACUGGAACGGACAUUGUCCGUGCACUCCUCUUCCGCUUUGAAGCGUUUGGUCGUCCCGUCAAGCACACAAAGAAGUGGGAGGAGGGUGUGUUCUCUGACCUGCGCAACCUGAAGCCAGGCGUGGACGCUUGCCUCGAGGAGCCAAAGUCCGCCUUCCUCGACUUUCUUUUCCGAAACGGGUGCAUCCGAACCCAGAAGAAGCAAAAGGUGUUCUACUGGUUCAGUGUGCCUCACGACCGCCUCUUCCUUGACGCGCUGGAACGCGAUUUGAAGCGUGAGAAGGCAGGGCAGGAGCCGACUUCAGUUGUCGUCGGCGAGCCCGCCAGGAGCUUCAAAUACGACCCGCGUCGUGGGCUCUACGAGCAGUUCAUGGGCAGCAACCGUGGCAUGGAAGCGGCAAUUUUGGAUCAGGUCUACCCGCUCCAGGCACGGAUGCCUGGUCAAAUGGUGCCUCCAAAUGUCACCGCCGACGGGUCGCGACAGUCGAGCAUUGACCCCAGCCUCUACGAUGUCAGGCCAAUGGAACAGCAGCCGGGGGGUGAGGGGAUGUGGCAACAGCGUGUCAAUGCAGUCGCAUCUGGACGCCCACCCAGUGUUCAAGAGUACCUCCCCCCAAUGGCAGACCAAUACACCCAAGGCCCCGGCGGUCUUCCCCAGUUCACCGUGACCAUGUUCGAAGGCAGCUCGGCGUACAAGCGCAAGCGGGUUCGUUCCAAGCGCUCAUCACCAUCGAAGACUGGGCCUACUGAGAGCGACGACGAGGACGCGAGCGAACGCGAUGAGAGCCUUGUCGAGUCGGCUACUGGCGACGAAGACAACAAGAGGCCACGAAAGGCUCCUCGGUCAACAUCACGGUCAUCCCCCUCAGUGCCCCCUGAGAGUGGAGCCAGCGCCAAGACCUCAACCCCAGCGCACAACGUCAACGGCAACGGAGCCACUGACGAGAAGACGUUUGUCUGUGUCUUCGAGUUCUGUCGGCGUCCCUUUAAGCGACUAGAGCACCUCAAGCGCCACAUUCGCACCCACACACAGGAGCGCCCUUUCGCGUGCAAGCUCUGCUCGCGUGCCUUUAGCAGGCAGGACAACCUCCUCCAGCAUCUGAGGUUGCAUCGCAAGGACGACCCGCCUCGUGCCAAUGACGUCGCCGAGGACCGUCUCAGUGCCCCUCCGUACGUCGGUCGCAGAUGGCCAACACAGUCGCCGGCUCCCACCGAAGACAUGGUCACUCACGUCCCCGUUCCACACAAUGCACAGUACGGAAUGGGCAACUAUGGCUCUGUGCCAUACCGUUCUACGACAGUGCCACCCGAUUUCCUGUCCAUGCCCCCACCUGGCGCGGCCUGGUCGGCGUCGGCAUCGGUGCCUCACCCAUCCUUUUCCCCAGCUCAGCAGCCUAUGCGCUUCCGCUCUGCGACCCCGCAGAUGAUGGCGCCUCCCGCGGCCUACCCUUAUGGCUCGAUGCCACCUCCACCCGCGCCCGGAAUUCUUCCCGGUGCCGGCGUCCAUUCAGUACCGCCUCCCGGCGCCGCUGGCUACCCCGUCUACCCCGACGCCCAGGGCCACGAGUACGGUUUUGUGCCAGCCACGGCGCAGUGGGCUCCUGGUGUCGACGGCAGCGUCCACGGCGUCAGCCCCGGACCCCCAGGCGUUGAGGACGGGGACAAGAGCUUCGACUCGAACCCCGACGUCAGCACUGGAUGGCAGACUAGCUAGGUCAGCAUGCCCCCCGCUCAUACACAUUCACGAAACGAUUACAAGCUCUCCAGACGCUGAGCGUCGAGACGGACCCUUUCAUGGUUUGGUGAUACCCUCCUAAUCUCAAGUUUCUUGCCAUUCAGAUACCCCCAUAUUUUAACGACAAAUGUCAUGCAGUA